CCCCAACAUAUUCUCAUUUUCUUCUUCUCUUUCUAUAUUCCAUCUCUUCAGCUUCUUCCCUAAACCACCCAAAGCUUUUAAUCGCAGCUUUAGUUUAAAACAGACUUCUUUUUAUAUAUAAAAAUGAGACGAAACUGCAACUUGGAACUUCGUCUUCUUCCUUCUAGUUAUCCCAGCGACAGUCACGACAUGAUGGAAGAAAGAAUCGAAAGCCCAGAAACCCAGCAGCAACAGCUAACAAUUUUCUACAAUGGAAGAGUUUGCGUAUCUGAUGUUACAGAGCUUCAGGCAAAAGCCAUUCUAAUAUUAGCAAACCGGGAAAGAGUUGAAAGAAUGAAAAGUCCGACGGGAUGGGAACCGGUGUCGCCGACGUUAAAAUCCCAGGUGAAUAGCCCAAACACAUCACUUUCCAUGAAGAGAUCGCUUCAACGGUUCCUCCAGAAACGAAAGACGCGAAUCCAAGCUACCUCUCCUUACCAUUAAUAUAUAGAGGUCAUCAUCAAUGCUUGAAAUUUAGUGGAAUUGAAGCAACUGAUCUAUGUUUUCGGCUAGGAACUAUUACCCUUUUUUUUUAAUUUUGUUUUUUGUUGUAAAUUUAUGAAUGAAUAAUUACGCUAGUACUUGAAGAGUAUGAUUUUUUUAA